AUGGUUGAUCUUUCCGACAUUCCUACUGAGCUGCCGCCACCUCGGGCCUCAGUAUCUUCUUCCAGUGACAGACCAUCAUAUUUAUCGACCCAGGCUUUUUGGCUGGCCCUGUACUUCUGUUUUAACCUCGGCUUGACGUUGUACAACAAGGGCGUACUUUUGCGCUUUCCAUUCCCAUAUACUCUCACCGCCAUUCAUGCUCUUUUUGGAACAAUUGGAGGCGCAUUACUCCUCCGCAACGAGUCCUUUCUUCCUGCUAAAUUGGACCCUCAAGAAACCUUCGUUAUCGUCGCUUUCUCUGUACUCUAUUCAGUCAAUAUCGUUGUCAGUAACUUGUCCUUGCAGCUCGUCACUAUACCUUUUCAUCAAGUCAUCCGCGCUGCGACACCCAUAUUCACCAUCCUUUUUUCUGCCUUACUCUAUGGAAGGGAGAGCAGCUACGCCAAGCGAAUAUCUCUCAUACCAGUUGUCAUAGGCGUUGGUUUUGCGACAUACGGAGACUAUUAUUAUACUCUCUGGGGGUUUAUCCUGACACUCCUCGGAACCGUUUUGGCCUCUCUCAAAACUAUAUUCACCAACGUCCUCCAGACCCCACCAUUGCAAGCUCCGUUACCAUCUCAAAAUCCGCUGUCUAUCAUUUAUUCCAUUCGACGACCUCAACUACAUUCCCUCGCACUGCUGCACCUUCUCUCACCUUUAGCUUUCAUCCAAUGUGUGCUCUUGGCGUAUUUUACUGGCGAACUUGCGAAUGUCCAGCACUAUGCCUCAAAAGAAAUGACGUUUUCCAAAGCUUGUGCUCUUGCGCUUAACGGCUGCAUUGCGCUAGGCUUAAAUAUCGUCAGUUUUACUGCUAACCGAAAAGUGGGCGCACUCGGUAUGACCGUCGCAGCCAAUGUUAAGCAGGUCUUGACAGUCUUGUCAGCCGUGUUGAUGUUUGAUUUGAGCAUAAGCACGGCAAAUGGCAUAGGUAUAGCCCUGACGCUGAUUGGCGGAGCGUGGUAUGCUCAAGUUGAAUUUAUGGAACGAAAGGGAAGGACCACUGGACAGCGAAAGAUUUGA